AUGGUGGUACACAUACUCGGUAAAGGUUUCAAAGGUAAAGAGGUAAUAAGGAUUGCAUUGGCUUCAAAAAUGUACGGUGUUGGACUGAAGACUUCCGAAAUGUUAUGCUCAAAAUUAGGAUUUUAUCCGUGGAUGCGCAUGCACCAGCUAUCGGAACCACAAAUAAUGAGUCUCACCAGCGAGCUCUCGAACAUGACAAUUGAAGGUAAUGCUCGCGCGGUGGUCAAAGAGAACAUCGCGUUGAAGAGAAGAAUCGGAUCGUACGAAGGUAUGAGACAUGCACUGAACCUUCCAGUCCGUGGACAACGUUCCAGAAACAACGCUAAGACUGCCCGGAGACUGAAUAGGGUGGAUAGACGCGGAUUUCACACUGAAGUCAGCAAUGAACGCAAUAGAACCCCCUCGUUGUGGAAUAAAUUCAUCUCCAAGCUGAUUUGA